UCAUCACGUCGCAGCAACGCCCGUCCUGCGCUCGUACAGGCAGCUAAUGCGUGGGGCGUGCUGGAGUGUCGGGAGUUUAAUGAAGCUAACACGAGAUCCAGCGGUAAUGGACGCAGGACGAGUCUUAAAGUGAAGCAGCGGCGAAACCUUCAACCAUGGCGACCCGAGAGUCGAGGCUGAUGGUGAAGCAGGAGCAGGACGACGACUCUGACGCAGAGGAGCCCACUGUUUCCUUCAGGAGAGCGGAGCAGCAGAUCAUCCACAGCGGACACUUCAUGGUGUCCUCCCCGCACACCGAGCACCCGCCGAAGAAGGGCUACGACUUCGACACCGUCAACAAACAGACCUGCCAGACCUACCGCUUCGGAAAGACCAGCACGGCGCAUUUCUCCAUCGACGCGUCGCUGACCAAGCUCUUCGAGUGCAUGACGCUCGCCUACAGUGGAAGGUUGGUGUCUCCGAAAUGGAAGAACUUCAAAGGCCUGAAGCUGCUGUGGAGAGACAAGAUUCGCCUCAACAAUGCUAUUUGGAGAGCCUGGUACAUGCAGUAUGUAGAGAAGAGACAGAACCCUGUGUGCCAUUUCGUCACUCCUUUGGAUGGAAAUAUGGAGUCAGGAGUGCAUCGGCCGACAGAGGCCAUCGCUACAGAAGGAAAGUACUGGAAAAGGAGAAUCGAAAUCGUGAUCCGCGAAUAUCAUAAAUGGAGAACAUAUUUCAAGAAAAGAUUGCAGAAGCACAAGGAUGAAGACCUGUCAAGCCUUCUCCGGGGUGCGGAGGAACAGUUUUCACUGUUUGGGGAAGUGUGUCCCGACACCUGCCGUGUCCUCUUGUACCAGGAUGAGGACGUGAGCGCGGGGGGGCGCCGCAGGUCCCGCAGGAGUCACGAUUCACCUGUCCCAAUGGAGAUGGACCUGCUCUUCGACAUGGACGUGCUCAUGUCCGAGUUCUCCGACACGCUCUUCUCCACGCUGGCCUCUCAUCAGCCUGUAGCGUGGCCCAACCCGAGAGAGAUCGCCCAUGCAGGGAAUGCAGAUAUGAUCCAGCCAGGCCUCAUCCCACUGCAGCCCAACCUGGACUUCAUGGACACGUUUGAGCCUCUGCAAGAUUUGUUUCACACGCUGCGUCCUUCAGCCUUCCCCCCCGCCCCAGCGGUCAGUGCCUUGACCAGCAGCAGCUCCCAAACACAGGCUCCUCUGCUGGACUACCGCCUCAUCCCCUCUGCUCCUUUGUCCAGCCACCUCUCCGUCUCCGCUCAGGACAAUGGUAACGCUGCUGACCCGUCCUACCAACAAACCUACAUGGCUCUGUUCCCGGAACAAGUGAGCCCGUCUGUCCCAGCAGCCCCUCAGUCGGUCCAGUGUGGAGGUGUUUCCACCGUCACUACAGUCCCGAGUGUCCCGAGCGUCCCGUCUCCGUCCGCAGUCACAGUAGCCCCGUCUGAUGCAGCCACCACCUUCAGUCCCAGAUCAAGCUUCGAGCUGUCGUCUCCACAGCCGACGGCCUCCGCCUCGCUCCACCCACAGCCGGUCAGCUUCGCCUCGCCCAAAUCCAUUCUGCCUCCGGUCUCCAGCAAAAAGAGCAGACACACACAGAGAGCGAUUGUCCCGCUGCCAUCUCCUCAGCUCAUACUCACAGGUCCCAGCAGUGCUAUGAUUGUCACGUCAUCCUCUCUCAGCGCUGAUGUGGUCCUGGCCCCCCCCAGUAUUCCUCGUGGAUCCACCGGUUUUCAUAUUCUCCCUCAGACACAAAAGCCUCCACAACUUAUUGUACCCAAAGAGGAAACUGCCACAGCUAUAUCCAGCAAGAAGACAUCCGUACGGUCAGCAGGUACAGCACAUGACAGACGAGUCUCGGGUCAAGGGUCACCUCUGGGAGCAGAACAGGUCCCGAGCCCCCAGUCACCCCUCAACCCCUGCGCAGGCAAAAACGAAGCCAGUCAGGGGGAACUAGGAACUCUGUUAACUGGCCAACUGAGCAAGAGCCGCAGAGUGAAUCACAUAUCAGCUGAGCAGAAGAGGCGAUUCACCAUCAAUGCCUGCUUCAAGACGCUGUGCAAUCUCGUGCCGACUCUCAGGCCUCAAUCGAAUAUCAGUAAUGCUGCGACUCUUCAGAAGACCGUUGACUACAUUAGCAAACUGCAGCUAGAGAGACAGCAGAUGCAGGAAGAGACUAAGAGACUACGAGAGGAGAUCGAGGAGCUCAAUGCAUCUAUAAGCUUGUGUCAGGAACAGCUCCCUGAUACAGGGGUUCCCAUCGCACGCCAUCGCUUUGACCACAUGAAGGACAAGUUUGAUGACUAUGUGAAGAACAGAACUCUUCAGAACUGGAGAUUCUGGAUCUUCAGUGUCAUUAUUCAUCCUCUGUUUGAGUCCUUCAAUGGAACGGUGUCGACCAACAACAGCACAGAGCUGUGUGAGACCACCAUGCAGUGGCUGGAUCGUUACUGCGCCCUGCCAGUCCUCCGACCAAUGGUACUCAGGACGUUACGACAGCUCUGUACCACCACCUCCAUCUUGACGGAUCCCUCACUUUUGCCCGAGGAAGCUAAAAAGGCUGCUCUCAACCCAAAAAAACAUUCCUCAGGAUCUUAGUUUCAACACUCUGACGUCUAAAAUGUGAUUUUUAGUUUUUAUUUUCCAGGGCAUAUAAGUCUUCAAGGAGCCUGGACAGCAGCACUUCUUGCACUCUUUGCUUUGUCGUUCAUCAUUGUGCUCCACUCAGACUGGUGGAAAUGCAAGAGAACUGCUUGAUUGUCUGCUUUAAAUCUGUUGAUAGAAGUGUUGUGGGCGUGAAAUGGAGAUCUCGACGUACAGUGCAUGGUCAAACCCCUUUUGUGUGUUCCUCUUGUGGAAAGGACAGACACUUCAUUAGCAUUUGUCUUAAUGGGACAGUCUCGAUAAGAACAAGUUCCCUUUUUCUCAUUUGAAUUUGAAAGUGGAUUUAUUUAGAAAUGACAAACCAAAGGCAGUCUCUCGUUUACAUUUAUGCUCGUGUUCCUCAGACUUCAUUACGCUUCACUGGAGCUGUUGCCUUUAGAGAGAUUUUACCUCUCAGGGUGUUUGUUUGUUUUCUUUUGUAUAUUUGGGAAUCCUCCAUAUUUAGUGCUGUUAGUGGAGCCAGUUCAUCCAAAAACUGCAGCACCCCUUAACAAAUACCAGGAUCAAGACUGGCUUUUUGAAGUGUGUGGAUAGAUGCAUGGACGUGUAAAAAAAAGUAUGAGCUAAAGUUACAAAUACUUGUAGUCAUAUGGUAAAGCACAUUUGUUGUGCGUUAAAUCAAGUAGAGCUAUAGAAGAAAAGAGUUGUACUCUGUAUAGGUUUGUUUCUUUGUUUUAAGAUAUCAUUUUAAGUAUAUCAUGUUAAACAGUACUUUUAAAAGCAUUUAUUUUUUCCUGGGAGCAUG